AUGGAAGGGAAGAACCGGACAGCAGUCACGGAGUUUCUUUUCUUAGGCCUCACGGGUCAUCUCCAGCUGAAGAUCGCCCUUUUCUUAGUGCUUCUCCUUGUUUAUCUCCUCACGAUGGGAGGCAACUUGGGGAUGAUCACACUCAUACGGCUCGACCCCAGACUCCACACUCCUAUGUACUUUUUUCUUAGCCACUUGUCCUUUGUAGACUUCUGCUUCUCUUCUUCUGUCACCCCGAAGACCCUGCGUGAUACAUUUGCAGAGAAGAAAAGCAUCUCUUUUGUGGGCUGUGCUGCUCAGAUGUGGUUCUGUGCUGUCUUUGUGGCAGCGGAGUGCUUCCUGCUGUCGGCCAUGGCCUAUGAUCGGUACACAGCCGUGUGUAAGCCCUUGCUGUAUACAGUCAUCAUGUCCCAACGGGUCUGUGUGCAGCUGGUCAUAGGGCCUUAUGCCGUAGGUCUCAUUAGCGCCAUGACCCAUACCAUUUUGACUUUUUCCUUACCCUUCUGUGGUCCAAACAUAAUCAAUGACUUUUUCUGUGACAUUUACCCUUUGCUUACCUUGGCAUGUGCUAACACUGCGAAAAAUAAGCUGGUGCUUUUUGCCUUGGCUGGAGUUCUGGGAAUGCUCAGUUGUGUGAUCAUCACAGUGUCCUACGUGUGCAUCGCAGCGGCCAUCCUGAGGAUCCAGACUGCCCACGGGAGGCAGAAAGCCUUCUCCACGUGCACCUCUCACCUGACUGCAGUCUCCGUCUUGUUCGGGACUCUUUUCUUCAUCUAUAUCCGACCUAGCUCGAGCUCAUCUCUGGGCGUCAACAAAGUGAUUUCUGUGUUCUAUACCAUGGUCAUCCCUGGGUUGAAUCCCCUCAUCUACAGCUUGAGGAACAAAGAGGUGAAGGAGGCAUUCAAGAGGAAGGUGAAAGGGCAUCGCUCUCUGAUAGGUGGGUGA